UCUCAUGUCAGUAGGUGGCACACUUCACCAAAGAUGACGUGUGGAGCCUUUUUUGACUGCAGUUGUUCACAGACCCAGCUUUGCUGAAAUGAUGCGUUCGCGGUGCCACCUGAAAGUACGAACACCGCAAAAACGAAUAAAAUAUUCCCUAUUUAAACCCAUAGAGUUAACAAAUAAAAUGUUUUAUUGAUUAUAUUAGAAAAUGAUACACGUUGUGCAAGGUUUUUAAUAACAAACAUUUGGAAAUAGCUGGAUAGGAGUGUGUUGUAUCCAGUCGAACGUGCACUGCGUGACAUUUCAACGCACCAAUCAGUUGCCGAGGAGCUGAGCGAGUCUACUUCCCUACGCUGGGAUAGCUGAGGGGAAACGGACGGACGGACGGCGGUGCUUCGCGGAUAUCUCAGCAGCAGCAGCAGGAGCGCCUGUGAGGAGAAACCUCCGAGUCACCGCGAGCAGUCCAGUGUUCUGUCGCAUCAGGGAGAUGGCGGGGAUUCUGGCGUGGUUCUGGAAUGAGAGGUUCUGGCUCCCCCACAAUGUCACCUGGGCUGACUUAAAAAACACAGAGGAGGCAACGUUCCCGCAAGCCGAGGACCUCUAUCUGGCGGGUCCUUUGGCGUUCUGCAUCUUCAUGAUCCGGCUGGUUUUCGAGAGGUUUAUUGCACGACCAUGCGCAGUGGGCUUAAAGAUCCAAGCCAACGGGCCACAAAAAGCUCAGCCCAAUGCCAUCCUGGAGAAGGUUUUCAACGCCAUAACCAAGCACCCAGAUGAGAAGAGGCUGGAAGGCCUUUCCAAGCAGCUCGACUGGGAUGUCCGGACCAUCCAGCGCUGGUACAGGCAACGGCGCAACCAGGAGAAGCCCAGUACCCUCGCCAGAUUCUGUGAAAGCAUGUGGAGGUUUACCUUCUACUUAUACAUAUUUACCUAUGGAGUGCGUUUUCUUAAGAAGACCUCAUGGUUAUGGAACACUAAAGAAUGCUGGUAUAACUACCCUUACCAGCCCCUGACUGCAGACAUCCACUAUUACUACAUACUGGAGCUCUCCUUUUACCUGUCGUUACUCUUUUCCCAAUUCACAGACAUCAGGAGGAAGGAUUUCCUCAUCAUGUUCGUUCACCACCUGGCAGCGAUUUCUCUCAUCAUAUUCUCCUAUGUGAACAACAUGGCGCGAGUGGGAACUCUGGUUAUGUGUCUCCAUGAUGCUGCCGACGUCCUGAUAGAGGCUGCCAAGAUGGCUAACUAUGCCAAGUGCCAGAUACUCUGCAACCUCCUGUUUGCAAUGUUUGCAAUUCUCUUCAUCAGUUCCAGACUGGGAGUUUACCCCAUCUGGAUUUUAAAUACAACUUUGUUUGAAAGCUGGGACAUCGUGGGGCCUUACCCAUCCUGGUGGGUCUUCAACUUGCUCCUAGUCCUGCUGCAGCUUCUCCACUGCUUCUGGUCUUACCUCAUAGUGAAGACCGCAUGCAGAGCCAUCUCCAAAGGAAGGGUGGGGAAAUGGAAUCCUCUACAUGUGUCUAAAGACGACCACAGUGACAUCGAGUCCAGCUCCGAUGAGGAUGACAGUCCGCCGCCGCAUCAGAAGCACCACAGCAGCGCCGCCAACGGGACCAACAAAAACGGGACCAACGGCUACCUGACAGGAGCCCCGUUCUCCUACGAACACUGACUUAACUCAUAUCGCAUGCCUGGAGCCAUGCUACAAAAACACCAAUUAUUUAUGUGUGCGUGCUUGUAUUCGGGUGUAUGUUGGAGAAACAUCGCCUCAUCCUUGUGUGGAAGUCUUGAUAGAUUCAUGUAUCAGUUUACUCAUUUUGUGCAGUUUUGUUUUCUUCAUCUAUAUAUUUGCAUCAGACUUCACUCACUGAAAACAAAUCACACACGUCACUGACCUUUGAGUACGCAUGUUCCUUUCACUUACAGCUGCCCGUCAUACUUUGAAGGGUGUUUUCUCUUUCUCUGUAUUAUUUGUCUCUGAAUACAUUUUCAGGUUGUAUUCUGACAUUUCUUAGUCUUCACCUCAGUAUGGAAGUAUUCUUUAAAAACAGUGAAUUUUAACUCACACAUAAUAAGCCAACUGUUGAAGAACAUUGCUUUAUUUCUCUGCUGCAGCCCCUCCAACGAUUUACCAAAACUGUCUUCACCCACAAACUGAUGGUGAUUUUACUCACAUUUAAAAAGUUUUCUCCACACAAACUGUAAAUGAGAUUUCAGUGACAGUAUUAUGUGUGAGCAUUACAUAUAGCUAAAAGCUGCAUAUCUCAUCCAGUCAUUUUGUUUGGAAUUCUGGUUAAUUUCUGAUAAGCAUUCCAUUAAAGGUCAUCUGUUCUCUUAUGACAA